CGUUGACAGCGAAAAUGCGGGGAAAAAAUGACCACAAUGAAAAAUUUUUGACGCAAGAAGGGAAUGACCGAGGAGCGCGAUGGAAAAUUUUCCAUUCAUGGAUCGGAUUCCUUCGUGCAAAUAUUCGAGGCUGAAAUCUUUCGGUCGAAGUAAAAAUGGGUGGAGGACUCAGCGGGUCUCGAAAAAUCGCGAUCUCGAAACGCAAAGUCAAGUGCGGGGGAAAAUCUACAGCCUGUUGUUCCCGAAAUGUUCAACACCCUCAACCUCAAGUUACAGAGAAAUACGGGCAAGUCUGUCUCGCAAAUAAAAAUCGAAAUCAUGAUCGAUCGGGGAUAAAAAAUUGUUGCCGACCUCCGGAACCUAAAAUCCAAACGUUCGUUAAGAACGUUACGCCAGUCUCCUGCCAAACGUCCAUCGGAAGCGUCACGGGUGGCUCGGGAGUGAACGCCCACAGCCAUUACGAAAUUGUAAUAAAUUGCGGAAAUAAUUUGGAAAAAGGAGUGGAUUUUUUUGAAAGAAAUGCAUGCAGAGUCGACCACGAAGGAAGACGAGAUACCGUGGAAAUUGACCGGAAAAAUGUCCAACCGCACCUCCACGGUUACUUGAACGGCGUGCCGAUGAUUAUGGAAUUGUAUCAGCACAACGAUUCGCAAGAAAAUCCAGAUGACGUGACCAAGAAAAAUUUGGCGCCAAAUUCCCACCUCGAAUCAAGCGUGACCAAGGCAACGCCGUGCGACAAGGGGCAAAAAAGAUUCCGUUCGUCGGUUGGGAGACAAAAAUCGUCGGAUCGAAAGCCCGUGGAUCUAGAAAAUGGGAAUCGUAAGAAUCAGGGGACGAGUCCCAUGCGGAAAAUUAAAUCAGCGAAUACCUCGCCUUGCUCCUAUUCAAAAGAGUGCCUGAGCGAGGGCUACGAAUUUUCUAGUUCGAAAUGCAGUAGCGUGAAGCAUCAGUGCACGAAAAAAUGCGCGGAAAAAGAAAAAGCGGAAUUAUUAGCCGUUAAAAAUUCUGAUUCCGAUCGUAAGAAAAAUGAAAGGAAGAAACCGGAUAAGAAAAACGCGAAAUCGAGUAAAACUACAACCAAAAAGAAGGAGAGGAAACCCUGGAUCUCUCCGCCAAUACCAGCCCUAAAAUCCGAACCCCUCUCAGAUCCGUCUGCUGUUCCCAGGCAUAUCUGGUACGGAGAUAAAGCCUACGCUUACGUGGAUGAGGAACCUAAACCCAAAAAUACUUUCAACAGUGAAAAUACCGGGGGUAAAAGUCGGGGAAAAAAAGAAUCGAAAAAACGCGUGAGUCUUUAA